AUGCUGUCCAAUGUUUUAGACGCUACCAACGUGGACACAGAUACGGUACGAUUCCUCAGUGAAGCCACACAGGAGAGAAAGCUGACCAACGUCACCACCGGCUGGGAGAUGGCUAACUCCAGUGCCUGCUCAAUGUCUGGGCGAAUGCACAUGAACAACAAGGGCGUAGUGGGGGCCGUAAGAUGGAAG